CAACUGUUCAGUGAUUUGACGUUUGUCACAUUGACAGUCACCGUAGAGAGAGGUGGUGCGCUUGUAUAUUGAGAAUAUUUGUAAUAAAUAAACAAAUAGUACCGCCAUGGGUCGCCGUAAAUCCAAAAGAAAGCCUCCGCCAAAAAGAAAAGCUAUAGAACCACUCGACCAACAGUUUAACUGCCCUUUCUGUAACCAUGAAAAAUCGUGCGAAGUGAAAAUGGAUCGAGCGAGAAAUACAGCUAGAAUACAAUGUCGAGUUUGCCUGGAAGAUUUUCAAACAACAACAAAUGUUUUAUCAGAACCCAUAGAUGUUUACAAUGACUGGGUUGAUGCCUGUGAAACUGCUAAUUAGUUUUAAGGUUAUUUUAAGUUGCAAGAUGAUUAUGUUAUUCAAAAAUGUGUGCUUGGUUUAAAUUGUAUAUUUAAAUAUAUGUAUAUCUCAUUAUUUCCAUAGCCACCAAGUAUUAAUCUCACAUAAUUUUAUUAAAAUCAUAUAAAAUGAAAUGACAUCUAUUAUUUUGGCUAUGAGGUCCCAGAAAAAUUAUGGUAACUAGACUGAAUUGCUUUUAGCUCUAGAUCCAGAAGUAGCUAUCUAUAUCUAAGUCCACUUAGAUCUAUUAAUAUAUUCUUUGUGGAAACUGGAGAAAUGUACAGCACAAAUACUCAGAUUGUGAAAAUGAAUUGUAAUCUAUACAAUUAUUUUAUGUUCAGUUCUUUAAGCCUGUCGAGGUAUGAAUAAAAGGUAUUUGUUGUUACUUGGUGUUGAAUCUGAACCAUAAAUGGGUUAUAUUAUAUUAUGAGGUUGAGGCCAUUUCCAAUCAAAAUAAAUAGGUUCUAUUCAUAAUGUACCUUUUUUCGAAGUUGAGACUUGUAAGUAUAAAAAUUGAAUAAAAAUAUAUAUGUGA